CUAGUCAACUAACCCCGGCCUCUUCCAUUCUCCGUUUUACAGACCAGAUAGUUAUUCUUCUCUUCGUUUCCCAGACAGAGAACGGAUAGAGGAGGAUUUCAGAGGGACGGAGAACAGAGAGCGGGCAGAUUCCUGGAGCCGAGGAUAUUCUCCUGAAUCACCACAAAGCUUCAUCAAAGAACGCUCAGAUUCGGAAGCAGCAUCUAGGGAGGAAAAAAUACAUCUAAAGAAGAAAUAUAGGAAAAUAUGCUUCAGAUUAAACUCAGAAAGCCAUCCAAUGAGAUUGGGGGUGCUGUGAAGCCCUUACCUUCUGAUAGCAUUACUGUUGCAUGCCCUGAUCACCUAGUCUUAGCGGAUCUUCCAGUUGCGAAGAGUCUUGGUUUGACCAGUGGCACAACCAGCUUAAAAGUUGUUGGUCACAAAUCCCGUCGUCAGCUUGGAGAGCGAGUGCAUUUCUGUGUUCGUUGUGAUUUUCCCAUCGCUAUCUAUGGGCGUCUGAGCCCAUGUGAUCAUGCAUUCUGUCUAGAUUGUGCACGGAGUGACUCCCUCUGCUACCUCUGCGACGAACGGAUUCAGAAGAUUCAAACGAUUAAAUUGAUGGAGGGGAUUUUCAUCUGUGCAGCUCCGCACUGUAUUAAGUCAUUCCUGAAGAAGAAUGAAUUUGAGGCUCAUAUUCAUGCCAACCAUGCUGACCUUCUUCACCUGGGUGCAGCAAAAAAUCUAAAUGUGUUGGAUGCUGCCAAUACUAGAAAAACUGCAGCCUCAGAAUCCACUGUUCAAGCACCUCUUAGGUCCACCUUCUCUCCUAGUACAGGGUCCCAGGCUUAUGAUCGUGAAGACAAAACUCAACAUAUGUCAACAAAGCUAACAUCAACACCCAUCGGGAAUAUUCAGAAACAUCAAACAGAGCAGAGUGCUGAUAAUAAUCCUCCACCUGGUUUUGAGAGGUCUGGUCCUCAGAAUCAAUUUUCUCAGCAGACUCUUGAGUCACAGGGUGGGUUGAGACAAGAACCGGGUCAGUUUCAAGAGAAGCAACAAGGCGCUGUUGGGGGCUCUUCCUUUCCUGAGUACUCUGUUAAUGUUCCUCAACGUCAUAGUUUUAUGCCUCCCCCUCAAUUUGGUUAUCCUCAUUUUUUACCUGAACCAUUUUAUGGAUCUCCAUAUGAUAUGAGAAGGCCAGACUCGGCGGCAGAUGCUGGUUCUGAGCAAGGAGCAUUACCGAGUUUUCCAUCAGGACAUGCAGGGGCUGUGAAUUUUGCUGGAGUUUACCCUCGAUCAUGGAAUAUGAUGCAGGCUGUUGGGCCGUUUGAUGUUCCUGCAGUUCAUGGAUUCUUGGAUGGUUUCAUGAAUGUGCAUGAUUCUACUCCUCAGCAACGACGAAGUGCAUUCUUUCAAGGAAGUUCUGCAGCUUUGCCCCUAAAUAUGGCACAUGCCUCCUCUUCAGCUAACACAGGGUUAGAAACUGGACAAGGUGAUUAUUCCAUGGAUUCCAGGGAUAGGAAGACUAAUUUGUCUCAACCUACACUUCUCCCACCACCACCUCCUCCUCUGCCUCCCCAUAUGCACCAGCUUCAAAGAGGUAGAUCUUAUUCUGGGGAUGCCAAGUCAUGAUUCCAGAGCUGACUUUGGUUGGCAACAAAGGACAAUGUGAUACGUUGUUUUGUCUCCGUUUUCCUUGUUUAUCAUGAUGUAAUGAAAAUUAGUAAACAUUAGUCAAUAAAUUCUUUUGCAGAGUUUCAUCUUGUUCAUCCUUGAGAGGAUGGAUUUUUGGGCUACUUUUUCUUUUAGGUCUGGAGUCUGAUUUC